AUGCGUUAUUCAACUUCCGCAUACUUUUUACUUUCGAGGACUUGUCGCAAUGCUACUAUUUUAUUACAAAUUUCCAUUGGCAUUUGUGUUGGCUUCUUUAUUGGUUUUUCACUAAAAUAUGAAUAUGACACGGAUAUUUAUUCAUCAAUUAAUUUCGAUAAAUCAUUUGUUGAUCAUCAAAGAAAUAAUACAUCAGCACUGAUAAACAAAAACGAUAUAAAUAUUCGCUGUGUUAUUAUUAUAAGCCAACAACAAAAUAGGAAAUCCAAAUACGUGGCGACAAUACGUGACACCUAUUCGCAGCAAUGUGAUGAAGUCGUCUAUUUUACGGAUUCAAGUGAACUUCAAAAAGAAUUCGCUGCACGAAACGCCACCAACAACUUACCAACAUGGACAUUUGUCGGUGAUGAGCAAAUAUAUUUGGUUGUCAGUAAUCUAAAACGAUAUUUUAAAGGAAAAAACCACGAUCUAAGCUUGAUUUUGGGACGAUUAUCAAAUAAGAGGACCCUUUUAUCCUUUUUGUUUCCAUUUGGAACAUAUGAAAGCAUAUCAAUUAAAAGUGGAGUUGUUUUUUCGCAAAAAGCAUUGGUUGCAUUCAACGAUGCUAAGUGUUCUGGCUUAUUUUUUCCUAUGGCAACAGAAAAGGCUCUCUUGAAGUGUGUUUCUAUUAUGGGAAUUUACCACGUUGAUCCCGUCGAUGAGGAAAAUAUUCAUUUAUUCAAUACUCGAGAUUUAAACGACCUUAUAAGGAAAAAAACUUUGCAGCCAACGAUGAUGAAUAAGGAACGGAAUUUACACGCAGAUUGCUGUAGCGAUAAAGGAAUCACCUUUGGAAGCCUUACCUAUAAACAGCAACGAAUGGUUGAUUACAUGCUAAGAAGAAUUAAAGUGUUCGGCUUAAUGCCAGUGCAGUCAACUAAUUUGUGA